GCGCGCAACCCGGGCUCUAGAUUCACCGACGGCGGGUGCACGGAUGGACAGACGGCAGCGCAGCGCAGCACAGAGCACCGGGGCCUCUCAAGACAUGAUGCUGCUCCAGGAGUCUGCAGGAGCAUGGCUGGCAUUGGCCCUGGUCACAGCCCUGACUCUAAGCCCAGGCAUGGCAGUCCCAUGGCAGGACUGCACAGGCGCAGAGUGUCCACCACUGGAGAACUGCAUCGAGGAGGCAUUGGAGCCAGGAGCCUGCUGUGCCACCUGUGUGCAGCAGGGCUGUGCUUGUGAAGGCUACCAGUACUACGAUUGUGUCGUACAUGGAGGUUUUGCCGAUGGCCGUGUGCCUGCCGGCCAGUCCUACUUUGUGGACUUCGGUAGCACCGAGUGCUCCUGCCCACCGGGUGGUGGCAAGAUCACCUGCCAGUUUAUGCUGUGCCCUGAGCUGCCACCCAACUGCAUUGAGGCUGUGGUGGUAGCUGACAGCUGUCCUCAGUGUGGCCAGGUGGGCUGUGUCCACAGUGGCCGCAAGUAUGCCGCUGGCCACACCGUCCACCUCUCACCCUGCCGGGCCUGCCACUGUCCUGAUGCUGGCGGUGAGCUCAUUUGUUACCAGCUCCCUGGUUGCCAAGGGAACUUCUCAGAUACAGAGGAGGGUGACUCUGAGCGACAGUACGAAGACCCCUACAGCUAUGACCAGGAGGUGGCUGAGGCAGAAACCACCAUGGCCACGGUGAACGAGAUCCAGGCAGGUGCAGAGGGCCCCCCAGCUGCUCUAGGAGGUGGGAAUUUGCCACCGUCCUCCAUCAGAGCAACUCCCAGGCCAGCUGCUCUCCCCAGACCCACAGCAGCUGCUGCCCUGGGUCCCCCAGCACCCAUGCAGGCCAAAGCCAGGAGAGUGACACAGGACAUUGAUGAGGAAGAGGAGGAGCAAGAGGAGGAGAUGGUGGUCACUGAGCCACCAGCAGCAGGUGGCCCUGGGAGGCCGAACAGCUUGCCUACAACACCCCUAGCCAUCCCUGACCUCCCUGUUCAAGAGAAGGAAGCUGAAGCCAAAGCAGGACUGGAAGAGAACUUUAUUCCUGAUGCCCAGGCCACUCCUCCCAGUGCAGGGCAGGAGGGUGCUGCACCUCUGCCUAGGUUAGGCCCAGCUGGUCUCAUUCCGUCUCUGACCACAGACAGCUCUUCUGGGGACCCAGUGAAGCCCAGCAGCCAUCCCAUCCUAUCCACACUGCCGCCUAACAGAGCCCAGGUCACACCCUUCCCAGAGGUGCCUAAAGAACUACCCCACCAUCCGCAGUUGCAACCUCUAUCCCAGGCAGAAGAGGACACAGACCCCAACUCAGUACAUUCUGUCCCCAGAGGUGGUCCUGAUGGCUCCACCAAAGACCUGAUUGAGACAUGCUGUGCAGCCGGCCAGCAGUGGGCCAUUGACAAUGAUGAGUGCCAGGAGAUCCCUGAGAAUGGCGCUGGCAGCGAUGUCUGCAGGAUAGCCCAGAGGCACUGCUGUGUCUCCUACUUGAAGGAGAAGAGCUGCAUGGCUGGCAUUGUGAGGGCCAAGGAAGGUGAAGCCUGUGGAGUCGAGGACAAUGAUACCUGUGGCGUCUCCCUGUACCAGCAAUGCUGUGACUGCUGUGGCCUGGGACUCCGUGUGCGGGCUGAGGGCCAAUCAUGCGAAUCCAACCCCAACCUGGGCUAUCCCUGCAACCAUGUCAUGCUCUCCUGCUGUGAAGGCGAAGACCCCCUCAUAGUGCCUGAGGUCCGUCGGCCACCAGAGCCUGAGGCCACCCCACGUAGAGUUUCAGAGGCAGAGAUGGCAAGCCGGGAGGCUCUAUCACUGGGCACAGAGGCUGAACUGCCCAAUAGCCUACCGGGAGAUGACCAGGAUGAGUGCCUGCUGCUCCCUGGGGAACUUUGCCAGCAUCUUUGCAUCAAUACCGUGGGCUCCUACCGCUGUGCCUGCUUCCCUGGAUUCGAGCUGCAGGGUGAUGGACGUACCUGCCGCCCAGAUGGAGGCGCGCCACGGUUGGACGCUGCAAGGGAGUCUGCUCCUAGGAGGUCUGAGUCUGCACCUAGGAGGUCUGAGUCUGCACCUAGGAGGUCUGAGUCUGCACCUAGGAGGUCUGAGUCUGCACUGAGGAGGUCUGAGUCUGCACUGAGGAGGUCUGAGUCUGCCCAAGUAUCUCCCAACACCAUUCCACUGCCUGUGCCACAGCCCAACACCUGCAAAGACAAUGGGCCCUGCCAGCAGGUGUGCCGUGUUGUUGGAGGCACAGCCAUGUGCUCCUGCUUCCCUGGCUAUGCCAUCAUGGCAGAUGGCGUGUCCUGUGAAGACCAAGAUGAGUGCUUGAUGGGCACUCACGAUUGUAGCUGGCAACAGUUCUGUGUGAACACCCUGGGAUCCUUCUACUGUGUCAACCACACAGUGCUCUGUGCAGAGGGCUAUAUCCUCAACGCACAUAGGAAGUGUGUGGACAUCAACGAGUGUGUGACAGAACUGCACACAUGCACCAGGGACGAGCACUGUGUGAACACGCCGGGCUCCUUCCAGUGCUACAAGACGCUCACCUGUGAGCCAGGCUAUGUGCUCACAGAUGGCGAGUGCACAGACGUGGAUGAGUGUGUGACAGGCACACACAACUGCCAGCCAGCCUUCUCAUGCCAGAACACCAAAGGCUCCUUCUACUGCCAGGCCCGGCAGCGCUGCAUGGAUGGCUUCUUGCAGGACCCUGAGGGCAACUGCGUGGACAUCAACGAAUGCACAUCAUUACUGGAGCCCUGCCGCGCAGGAUUCAGCUGCGUCAACACAGUGGGCUCCUACACGUGUCAGAGGAACCCACUGGUCUGCAGGCAUGGUUACCAUGCCGAUGAGGAUGGCUCCAAAUGUGUGGAUGUGAAUGAGUGUGAAACAGGUGUGCACCGCUGUGGCGAGGGCCAACUGUGCCACAACCUCCCUGGAUCCUACCGCUGUGACUGCAAGCCUGGCUUCCAGAGGGAUGCAUUUGGCAGGACCUGCAUUGAUGUGAACGAAUGCUGGAUCUCACCGGGGCGCCUGUGCCAGCACACGUGUGAGAACACACCCGGCUCCUACCGCUGCUCCUGUGCUACUGGCUUCGUUUUGGCUGCAGACGGAAAGCACUGUGAAGAUGUGAAUGAGUGUGAGACCCAGCGCUGCAGCCAGGAGUGUGCCAACAUCUAUGGUUCCUAUCAGUGCUACUGUCGCCAGGGCUACCAGCUGGCAGAGGAUGGGCAUAGCUGCACAGACAUCGAUGAGUGUGCACAGGGUGCUGGUAUUCUCUGCACCUUCCGCUGUGUCAACGUGCCCGGGAGUUACCAGUGUGCAUGCCCAGAGCAGGGCUACAUGAUGAUGGCCAACGGGAGGUCCUGCAAGGACCUGGAUGAGUGUGCACUGGGCACCCACAACUGCUCUGAGGCUGAGACCUGCUACAACAUCCAGGGCAGUUUCCGCUGCCUGCGCUUCGAGUGCCCACCAAACUACGUCCGGGUCUCGGAAAUGAAAUGUGAGCGCACCACAUGCCAGGAUAUCACAGAGUGCCAGACCUCGCCAGCUCGCAUCACACAUUACCAGCUCAAUUUCCAGACUGGUCUACUGGUACCUGCACACAUCUUCCGCAUCGGCCCUGCGCCCGCCUUUGCUGGGGACACCAUCUCCCUGACCAUCACCAAGGGUAAUGAGGAGGGCUACUUUAUCACAAGCAGACUCAAUGCCUACACUGGUGUGGUAUCCCUGCAGAGGUCUGUCCUGGAGCCACGGGACUUUGCCCUGGAUGUAGAGAUGAAGCUGUGGCGGCAAGGCUCUGUCACUACCUUCCUGGCCAAGAUGUACAUCUUCUUCACCACAUUUGCCCCAUGAGGUGCCCGUCCCUCCAGGUGGCAUCUGGGCAGCUGUGCCACUCCUGAGUGGCUUUUGCUGUGACUCUGUAACUUAACAUAAUCAUGCUGAUAUGGUUGGUCUUGAGUCUUUGCCAUGGAAGGAAGGAGAUGUACCCCAGCAGGCGCUGGGUACAGGUCAAGGUCACCCAAGGCUGGAUGAUGGCCCACAGACUGGACACAGCCACAAGGUACCUCAGAACUCCACUCCACGACUAUGGCUAAAGAUGACAUUUCAAUCUUGGUUCCACUGUGUUCUUCAAUUAAAAAACA